AAUUAGUUCUAAGGUAGUGCUCAGGGGGACUUGGGAAUGUCUCUCAGUUAGUAAGACGAGUCACACCCGCACUGAGGCUGCUGGUGGGCGUGUGUGCGCGGAUAACAGACUGAUUGCACUCUAUAAGGAUGCUUUGGACGUGGGACAAGACGGACGCUGUGGUGCUAUGCGGGCUUGUGAGUGCCGUGCUCACCGGCGCUGCCCAUGCUGUGAUCUCCACCUGCUGCUGGUCCUCGUUCUUUAUCCUGUGGGGCGCCCUGGCUGCUCUAUACAUCAUCUCUGCGUUUCCUCAGGUGUCCACGAAAGGCCGCUCUGUCCUUAUCACCGGCUGUGAUACUGGCUUCGGUUUGCACUUGGCUCUACAUCUGCACAAACUGGGGUUUCGAGUAUUUGCUGGCUGCCUUCAAGCGGACGGACGUGGAGGGGCAGGAGCCGCGAGCUUACGGAAACUGAAAUCCGAUCGCCUUCACGUGGUGCAACUGGACGUCACCUCGCAGACCCAGGUGGACAAGGCAGUGAAGGAGGUCAAGAGGUUAUUGCCAAACGGAGAGGUGCUGUGGGGCCUCGUGAACAACGCUGGCUGGGCAACAUUCGGGGACGUUGAGUGGGUGUCACUAGAUACCGUGAGGCGAAUUGUGGAUGUGAAUGUGAUGGGUACGAUUGCCGCGACCAAGGCCUUCCUGCCGCUACUCAGGAAAAGCAAAGGGAGAGUGGUGACCAUAACGAGUGGCUUGGGACGGAUGGCAGUCCCUAUGAGGUCCCCCUACGUGCUCACCAAAUACGCGGCCGAGGGCUUCUGUGAUUGCCUCAGGUACGAGAUGAGGUCUUGGGGAGUGCACGUGUCUAUCAUUGAGCCUGGGAACUUCAUUGCUGGUACCUCAAUCUUCACGGAGGCGUCUAUUCGCGAGAUGGCAGCUAAGAUGUGGGACUCCAUGGACCCUGAGGUGAAGGCAGACUACGGCAGGGAACGCUUCGAGGCACGCGUCAAACUUAUGAAAUCUUACGCCACCAGUGGGGACACGGACAUCACCCCUGUGCUCAACGCCUUCACCGAAGGUCUGGUGCAGCGGUGGCCUCAGGUCCGCUACACACCCAUGAACCUUUACUUUCGCACAAGACUCUUCAUCGCGACGCAUCUUCAUGAGUCUAUUUACGAGAAAAUAUACAUUGGCUGAAAGAUGAGAGACUGGUUGUGUGGCUGUGGGAAAACGGAGAGGUUGUGUUGUGAGAGGUAAUGAAGCAGAAGAGACAUUGCAGUUGGAUGAGUGAGAGAUGAAAGGAUGAAGUAUGGUUGCGAGAAAGCUAGAAGGUUGAGUGCUGAGGAGUGACUGGUGUUUUGAGUAAGGACAGUGCUGGCAGAAGAGACAACAGGGAACAGAUUGUUUAGUCAAUAGAAUAAGGAAUAGUGCAGUUAGGGAAAGUAGGAAGAUCAGGUAGUGGGAUGGUAAAUAAAGAGUUAGUAUGAGAGAGGACACAUAAAAAGAUCACGUAGAAAAGCAGCAGGAACGGUAAUCUCAAAGGUAAGACUGUGAGUGGAAGAGCAAAAAAGUUAACAUAUUUGAAAAUCGGAUUCUAAGUAUUUUACGAUCGA